CCAGCCAAUGCACGGCCUCGUCACAAAAACAGCCUGGGUACCCGCAGCCGAGCCCCGCCCAGCAGCGCCACCGGCCCCACCCACCGAUGCCGGCUUAAAGUGAGCCGGCAGAGCGCAAGCGCGCGGUGACGUCACGGGAGGCGUCGGGCGUGGGCGAAACCUUUUGAAUCUGGUUGGCGGGAGUUGCUGCUGCCUUGCGAGUGGUAUGGCAAUGGAGUCCGCCUCGGGAAGCGAGGAGAAUGGAGGAGGUGCGGCGAUAGAGGGGUGCGUGAAUAGGAUCCCGGUACCAAGACCACCCUCCAUUGAGGAAUUCACCAUAGUGAAGCCCAUUAGCCGUGGUGCAUUCGGGAAAGUGUACCUGGGACAGAAAAGCGGCAAGUUGUACGCAGUGAAGGUUGUCAAAAAGGCAGACAUGAUCAAUAAAAAUAUGACUCAUCAGGUACAAGCUGAGAGAGAUGCCCUGGCUCUGAGCAAAAGCCCUUUUGUUGUGCAUCUGUAUUACUCACUGCAGUCAGCAAGCAACAUCUACUUGAUAAUGGAAUAUCUUAUUGGUGGAGAUGUCAAGUCUCUCCUACAUAUAUAUGGUUAUUUUGAUGAAGAGAUGGCUAUAAAAUAUACUUGUGAAGUAGCAUUGGCUUUAGACUACCUGCACAGACAUGGAAUCAUCCAUAGGGAUUUGAAACCAGACAAUAUGCUUAUUUCCAAUGAGGGUCAUAUUAAGCUGACAGAUUUUGGCCUUUCCAAAGUUACUCUGAAUAGAGACAUCAAUAUGAUGGAUAUUCUCACAACACCAUCAAUGUCUAAACCUAAGCAAGAUUAUUCAAGAACUCCAGGACAAGUCUUAUCUCUCAUCAGUUCUUUGGGAUUUUUCACACCAGUUGGAGAAAAAGAUCAAGACUCUGCAAACAUGUUUUCAGCCCCUAAGUCUGAAGCAGAACUUUCUCAAGGAUUAAUUUGUCCCAUGUCAAUAGAUCAGAAGGAGCCAACUUCUUAUUCUAGCCAACUACUAAAAUCAUGUUUUGAAACUCUUUCAUCCAAUCCAGAAAUAUCUGUGAGAUGUCUGACUUCUAACCUACUCCAGUGUAGGAAAAGACUGGGUGCCUCAAGUACUAGUAGCCAGUCUCAUACCUUUGUAUCCAGUAUGGAGUCAGAAUGCCACAGCAGUCCCAAAUGGGAAAGAGACUGCCAGAGUACCGAGUCAUCAGGCUGUGCAAUGAGCUGGAAUGCAGUUGAAAUGCUGUAUGCAAAAGCUACAAGUGCCACAAAGACAAAAACAGAUCUGGAAUUAGCACUUUCUCCCAUUCCUGCCACUGAAAGCAACCAGGUGACCCUCCCUAGAAAAUGCUUCAGGGAAAUCUCUUGGGAAGCAAGAGAACCGGAUAUAAAUAAUGAGAACAUGACUAUUGACAAAGGACAGUCUGGUUUCUGUCAGUCCAGUCAGUGGACUGUAAAUUCUAGUGCUACAUCUGAAGAACACCUUGGUAAAAGAAAUUGUAAAAGAAAUUUCCACUUGGUUGACUCUAGUCCUUGUCGGGAAAUUAUACAAAGUAAAAAAAACUGUAUAGAGUAUGAGGCCAAUAAGGAAAGGCCAGGCUGCUGUGCAAAUCAAAGUACGGGCUUAACAACCGAAGUCCAGAACCUGAAGCUAUCAGUGUGCAAAAGUCAGCAACUUGACUGUGCCAAUAAGGAGAACAUUGCCACCUAUUUAACUGACAGACAAACCCCAGAAGAACUGCAUAUACCAACGGUAGCAAAGAACCUUAUAUCUGAACUAGAUGAAGACUGCGAGCUGACCAGUAAAAAGGACUGCCUCAAUUCUAAUUCUGUAUGUUCUGAUGAGGAUAGAGCUCCUAAAACUGUCUGUGUGGAUUCUGAUUCAUCUUUUCCUGGAGUGUCUAUGAUGGAAAGUUCACUGGAAAUUCAGGCCUUAGAACCAGAUAAAAGCAUCAGAGACUACUCUUUUGAAGACCCAAAUACUGAAGAUCUAUUUAUGUUACCAAAAUGCCAAGAAAAUUCCUUGCCAAAAGAUGACUACCAUGCUUCUGUUCAAGACAAUAACCGAAUGUUAGCUCCUCCUUCAAAGGAGCCAAAAACAUUAACCUCUAGAACCAAUGUCAUUGCUUUCCGAAGUUUUAACAGUCAUAUUAACGCAUCUAGUAAUUCAGAACCAUCCAAAAUGAGCAUAACUUCUUUAGAUGCUAUGGACAUUUCCUGUGAUUACAGUGGUUCAUAUCCCAUGGCUGUGAGCCCUACUGAGAAAGGAAGGGCCUAUACGUCACAUCAGACUCCAAAUCAGGUCAAGUUGGGAACAUCAUAUAGAACUCCAAAGAGUGUGAGAAGAGGGGCACCCCCAGUAGAUGAUGGUCGUAUUCUAGGAACCCCAGAUUACCUCGCACCUGAGCUCUUACUGGGUACAGCCCAUGGUCCUGCAGUAGACUGGUGGGCACUUGGAGUUUGCUUGUUCGAAUUUCUAACAGGAAUUCCUCCUUUCAAUGAUGAAACACCACAACAAGUAUUUCAGAAUAUUUUAAAAAGAGAUAUCCCAUGGCCAGAAGGUGAAGAAAAGCUAUCUGAUAAUGCUCAAAGUGCAAUGGACAUGCUUUUAACUAUUGAUGAUGCAAAGAGAGCUGGAAUGAGAGAACUAAAACAGCAUCCUCUCUUCAGUGAAGUGGACUGGGAAAAUCUGCAGCAUCAGACUAUGCCUUUUGUACCCCAACCAGACGACGAAACAGAUACAUCCUAUUUUGAAGCCAGGAAUAAUGCUCAACAUUUGACCAUAUCUGGGUUUAGUCUGUAGCACAUGCAUGUCAUUUUUAUCUAACUUGUGAUAUAAUUAAGUUUUACAGUAAUAUGCUACGUAAUACUAGAUUGGUCUAAAUGGGAUAAAAAUCAUUAUUUAACUAGACUAAACAGCUUUUAAUUCCUAAGUACAACAGUUGUUACAGAGUUAAAAUACUAUAAGAAACAGUAAUUAAUCUUUACCUUAGAACUGUAUAUAAACCAUAGUAGCUUUUUUCAUUUUAUUUAUUCACUGCACUUUAUGAAGAGCAAAGUAUCAAUAAACUAAAAUGCUACCACUCUAAACAGAGGGAAUGAGCAUAAGCUUAUCUGUAUCUGCUGAUUUUAGUUCUAUUCACUUUGGGGUUAAUAUCAAACCAAAAAAAAAAAGGACUCUUUCAUUUAAAUUUACUUUAUUUGCACAUGGUUACAUGUAAAGCUGUUCUCAGGGCUGUCAUAUGAGACAAACACGACUGUGAAAAUCAUGUGAGCCAGACAUGAUGGUUGAAGUCCCCAUAUUCGGGAGCAAAUGCAACACAGGAAUAUGACUGUAAUUUGAAGACUAAGGCCAGCCAGGACUGUAUUAUUCAGUAGUAUGUCUCUGCAGAGUGUGGACUAGUCAAAAGAACGAAGGUUCUACCUCACCUUAUUAGUGAUGGAGUCUCACUGCCUUGAAUGCUCUUGGUGCUUCCCUCUAAAUUCCUGCUUCUUUAAAUGGGUAGUGGAAAGGUUGGGUGUGAUACUUUAAGUGGUUUUAAUAGCUUGUUCACUUUUAAUAGAAAAAUUUAUACUUUAUGUCAUAUCGUUUCAAACAUCAUGAGACAAUAGUAAUAAUUACUUUUGCUUACAAAAUGUAACUGUAACUAGUAAUUUCAGUAUCAUUCUUUUCCAAGAAUAUGUACCAAGACUCAGCUCACAAGUCUUAAACUAGAUGACACUUUCAAUAUUUCCCUAGAAGAGCAAAAUUAAGAUUUACAUGUAUCAUGGGUAAGGUUUUGCUAAUACCUUUUUGCAUAGUAGGCUUAGUGCUUCCAUUGCCACCUAGUUACAGGCCAGAUAGAAUGUAGUUUGCAAAAAUGCAUAAUCAGUGCUGGGUAUUGAAUCUUUACUGUGCGUAUUUUAGUAAGGACUACUUAAUGUUCCAGUCACCUUUUUUACUAAAAAUAUUCCAAAUAUAUUUACAACUUCAUUUACUAUGACUCACUUUCAGGUAACAGCAUAAUUCUACAGUCUAUUUACUCUAUCAUCCUCUUAGAGGGUUUGCAAGAACUAGAAAGAAAAGAGCCUUUGGAAUCAAAUAAUGACUAAAUGACUGUGCUGCCAAACUGAAAUGAUGUGGGCAGGUUAAAAGUGAGCACUAAGAUGCUGGAGGUAGCAAAUGCUUAGUGUGCAAAGGACCAUGUGUUCAAUCCCCACUAACACACAAAUAAUAAUUACUUUGUAGAAUGAGAAUAAGCAGAACUAUAUUAAGAAACAAACCUGGGGUUUAAGAGUCCUGGCAUAUGAUAUGAGAGCACUGGACCCCAGCUAUGGCGACUGUUAAAAAUGAGUCUGCAGAAGCAAGUCCCUAGUGGCUUCUUAAAUCAAAUCAUUGAACACUGGUUACAGUAAAAUUAAAUUCUGCUGUGGAUUACUGAAGACUCCUUGCCUGCCUGGGGCUACAUGAAUAUGGCACUGAAAUAGUCAGAAAAGUAUGUAAACAGGUGGCUGAAUAAGCAGGGAAACAAGGUACUUAACUAUAUGUAAGGAUACAGAAGAGAUGGAUGGGACAACACUAUAUUUUUUGUAAAAUGCUUUUUUCUGCUUUCCCUGUUUUCACAGAGUGAAUCAUAAACAGUUUGCACAUUUA